GUGAUUUAGUGGCUGCUGGUUAAAGGGGCAGCGGCGGGUGGGCUGAAUUCCACCAGAGCAGGAACAAAAACAGCGGCGCCCAGCUGUGUUUCUGGACUACCACAUCUGUCCUUGUUGCCGCCGCUGUCCAUGGUGCUGAACUCGAGCUCCAGGAAUGGUGGAGACGCUGAGUAUCGCAGUGAUCGGUGCUCCCGGAGUGGGGAAAACUUCUAUAAUCCGCCAGUUCAUCUAUAACGACUUCUCGGAGGUGUACACGCCGACCAGGACCAGAUAUGUGUACAGACCCUCCGUUAUACUGAACGGGAACAUGUACGAGCUGAAGAUUUUGGACGUCCCGCCAAUCUCGUCUUUUCCAUCGAGCUCCAGUCAGGAAUGGCUGGAUUUGCGCUGCAGAGGAGUUCGCAAUGCUGAUGCUUACAUCCUGGUGUAUGACAUCUGCUGUGUGGAGAGCUUUGAAUACGUCAAAAUGAUCAGACAGCAGAUAGUAGAGAACAGGGAAGGCAGCAGCAGUGAGGUGCCAAUCCUGGUGGUGGGUAACAAGAGAGAUCUGCAGCGUCAGCGCUUCAUGCCUCGCAGAGCCGUGUCGGUUCUGGUAAAGAAGACAUGGAAGUGCGGUUAUGUGGAGUGCUCUGCCAAGUUUAACUGGCACGUAGUCCUGCUCUUCAAAGAGCUGCUGGGCAUUGCUGUGGCGCGGGGCAUGCGCCAGAACCACACCUCCAUUCGUUUGCAGGGGGCGCUACAGAGGAAUCGCUGCACCAUCAUGUGACCCUCAGAGCUCCCUCCACCCCUGUCAACUCAGGAGUGGAGCGGCAGUGGAGAGAAGGACUUUCUAUCAAAAUGGCUGGGAAAAAUUACCCUGUGGCCUCCUGCUUUACUGAGCUGAUUUUUCAUAAUGAUGUUUAUUAGAUUUGUGCGCUGUAAAAGACACUCAAAUUAUACACAUGGUCAUCCAGCUACUUCCUAGUCAAUUGUGUAGAAACAAGGAAGGAAAUGAGGGUGAGAAAGUAGGUGAAAAACAAUACAAAUAACAUAGCACAGAUAUGUUUCUCACAUCAGCUAGACAGUUCUACAUUUCAGGCUGUGCUUCCCAAUUUAAAAGGUCUGUCGCUAGGCCUGACAGGGCGGGAGCUGUAUUUGUGAGACUCAAAGCGGACAGGCAGCAAUAUCAUCCAGUCUUCCUUUUGAAUUUGUCACAUUCUGUAAGGUCAAAAGCAGAAGAUCAUAUCUAACAUCACUGGAUUUAUUUGGGAUUUGUGCAUGAGAUCAAAGGGCAAAAAGAUGGAAUUAUAAAAAGCAAAAGUACUCAUUUCUGUGGAGAUUAUCUCAAAAUGUACAUAGAUAGAUAUGAUUAGAUGGUGUUUAAUUUUAGAUUCUGAGGAGUAGCCUGCAUUUUUCCCCCUCCCCUGUCCCCAUUACAAUCUUGGCCUACGGUAAAAGCUGUUUGUUCAGAGGAAGGCUGUUUUAAGGUUGUCUUGCAGCAGAAAAUACUGCAGUCCCUUAUCGUGAUGCACUGUAGAACCUUAAUCUGCUCCCUCCUCUCACUCAGUGUCUGUUUCUGAUGAAUACAUUAAAUCCAGGGAAUGGGGGACCUCCAGGAGGCUCCGGAGCCUCAAACAAGAACCUGUGUGUGUGUGUGUGUGUGUGUGUGUGUGUGUGUGUGUGUGUGUGUGUGUGUGUGUGUGUGUGUGUGUGUGUGUGUGUGUGAGAGAGAGAGAGAGAGAGAUGGGGAGAGGGAGAGUCAGGUUUAUAGUUGACAUUCAGGCAAGCAAAGGACAGACACAGUAAGAUAAGAGACAGAUGCUGAAGCUUUGGAUUAGAAAGGAGCAAUAAACACACACAGGGAUGUCCAGACUGACUAUAUGUAUCACAUUAUUAUAUUAAAAAUGCCUCACACACAGUUGUAAUCCACACACUCCAACAGAAAUAGGCAAGUGGAGCUUGGUGACUUCCAUAUCAGUAUGUGAAUACUCUAUAAUUGGUCAUACUGUAAAAUUAACAGUGACUUUUCCAUGUGAUUAGGUUGAGGUACGUGAAUAUGCCAGCACUGAAAGUAAGCAGACCUGUUGUAUAUACACAAGUGAUUCAUAGACUAAUUGACUUGCAUGCUUUUGUUGGUAGAGCCAACGGGUCAGGGUUUAAUUGCACUGAUGUGAAAAUGUGAUACUGUGUUUAAUUUUUGUAAUACAUGGUUUCCUGGCGCUGUAAUGAACAACUGAGUGGGGUGAAUGUGGUCGUUUUUCACCGGCAUGUGAGAGCACAAGCUCAUGAUACUCUCCAAGAUGUAGUGUUGAAGCCUUCAGUUAGGCCAAAUGGCUGUGUUAGCUUUUUGUUUGUUUGAUUGUUUUUCUAGUUAUAAAAAGAGAUAUGUAGCAGAGAUACACUAGAAAGCAACUGUGUGUAGCAUGAGUUCUCAUCAUUUUGUUUGUGUGCAUUUUCAAAUAAAAAGGGCUACUGUUUUUUAUCAGAUACAUUACUUGUAUUAUUUUAUUUUUACAGUGUCAGUACUGUAACUAAUUUUGCUUGGUUUUUUUUUGUUUUUGUUUGUUUGUUUGUUUUCUUGUUGUUGUUGUUGUUGUUUUUGUUA